AUGGCACUUCUUCUGUUGCAGGUUGCAGGAUCAAUUUUAGUGUCAUGAAAAUAUCCUGAGCCGUAUAUGGAUGAAAUUUUUCACAUAAAGCAAUUAGGCACAUAUUUAAACUGAGAUUUCGCAACUUGGGAUGAUAAAAUUACAACCCUGCCAGGUCUUUAUAUUGCUUCAUGGAUAAUACUCCAAGUUUUUCCAAUCCAUAAAUUCCUUGGCUUAGUUUUUGCAUCAAGACUGAUAAAUGCCUUAUUUGGAAGCUUGUGCUGGUAUUUAUUAAGAUCUUUAAAAGACCCAAAAACAUCAGAAAUCAUUAUGCUUUACCCACCUUUAUUCUUAUCAGGAUGCUUAUAUUACACUGACAAUGCUGCUUUAUUAUCAAUUCUCCUCUCUUAUUUAUUCUUAAAAAAUAAGAAAAAUAAACUAUCAGCACUUAUUGGGCUUUUUUCAAUAAUUUGCAGACAGACGAAUAUUAUAUGAAUUGGGUAUUUUGUACUAAUUGAGAUUUCUGCUGGAUUAGGACCUUCAUUAUAUCAAAAUAUUAAAACAAUUUGGAAGCAAAAAUAUGCAAUAAUUCAAACUUAUUUUCCUUUUAUUAUAUUGCUGAUUUUAUUUAUUGCUUUUCUUAUUGUAAAUAAAGGAAUAGCUGUAGGAGAUAGGGAAAAUCAUAUCCCUGUUUUCCAUUUUACACAAAUAUGCUAUUUAGCUUUAAUAAUGGCUUUAUACACAGAUUAUGACCAAAAUUUGUGAAUAAAAGCAUUAAAGCAAUUAAAAAAUGUGUUUUUAUUUUUAUGGCUGGUUUUAAUAAGCCUUGGUGUUACAUAUUUUACAUAUGAGCAUCCUUUUAUUAUUGCAGAUAACACUCAUUAUACUUUUUAUAUUUGGAAAAAUAUUUUGAAGCCUUAUCUUUAUAUAUUUCCGAUUUUGUUUGAGAUUUCGUUUAUUUAUUUGUUUUUUAGAGCUGAAAACUCGCUGCGCUAUUUUAUUUGAAUUUUUUGCAGUUGCGUAGUUUUAAUCCCUGCUCCGCUUCUGGAAUUAAGAUACUUUAUUAUUCCAAUCGUUACAUUUUUGAUGCAAACAAAAACGAAAUUCUCAAAAAUUAGAAUUCUGGCACUUUAUGCCAUAAAUAUCGUCACGCUUGGCAUUUUUGUAUUUAAACCUUAUAAGAAUAUUGGAUUUCUAUGGUAG